CAAUCCUCCAGAACCAGAAAUCAAUAUCUUCUAUGGCUGCAAUCUCUCCCUGUCCUCUCCUUCGAGCGACGCGCUUGAUCAUGGCGCUACUCCUCCAUUAACUGAACCUCUCUCUCCCCCUUCUUUAGCGGACGGGCACACUCUUCCAUCGAUCAACUAUGCAAAACCCUUCAACUGCAACCAAUGACUCAGCUUCCUCCUCCGCCUCCGGUUUCUUCUUCACACGUCUAACCGGUUUAGCUUCCAGAAACCGCCCAAAUUCAGAUGUGUCGACAUCAAAUGCCCUCUUCUUCAAUGCCUCUCGGAGGAGGACGCGGAAAGCCCUAGCUUCCCUGAGCUUGAACACUAAGAGCAGUAUCAACUCGAGCCUGCGUGGGUUUAUCAGUGAAUUCAACAGCUUUAUUAGGUUUCACUGCGAUAAGGUGGUUCCCGACAGCUUUGCCUCCAUCGGGGUUUCGAGCCACGAGAACAACGGAGUUAGGGAAAGUUUCACUGGCGGGGUUUUGGGCGAGGAGGGCUUGCCGUUGAACGGAGUAGAAGCUGAUCGGCCCAAGAAAGUUUUGAUUUUGAUGAGUGAUACUGGUGGUGGUCACCGAGCUUCUGCUGAAGCCAUUAGAGCUGCUUUCAAUCAGGAGUACGGGGAUGAGUAUCAGGUGUUUAUUACGGACUUGUGGACAGAUCACACACCCUGGCCGUUCAACCAGCUUCCUAGGAGCUAUAAUUUUCUGGUGAAACACGGAGCUCUAUGGAAAAUGACUUACUAUGGUACUGCUCCACGUGUUAUUCACCAGUCUAAUUUCGCAGCAACUUCGACUUUUAUUGCCAGGGAAAUUGCCCAAGGAUUGAUGAAAUAUCAACCAGACAUUAUCAUCAGUGUUCAUCCGUUGAUGCAGCAUGUCCCACUUCGUGUCCUAAGAUCAAAGGGGUUACUUGAUAAAAUAGUCUUCACCACUGUUAUUACAGACUUGAGCACUUGCCAUCCCACAUGGUUUCAUAAGCUUGUGACAAGAUGUUACUGUCCAUCAACAGAAGUGGCGAAAAGGGCGCAAAAGGCCGGACUUCAAACAUCACAAAUCAAAGUCUACGGUCUUCCUGUUCGACCUUCCUUUGUCAAACCAGUUCGCCCUAAGGUUGACUUAAGAAGAGAGCUAGGGAUGGAUGAGAACCUUCCAGCUGUUUUGUUAAUGGGCGGAGGAGAAGGAAUGGGUCCCAUCGAGGCAACAGCAAGAGCUCUUGGAGAUGCUUUGUAUGACGAGAGUCUUGGUGAAGCAGUUGGUCAGGUUCUUAUAAUAUGUGGACGGAACAAGAAACUCCAAACCAGAUUAAGUUCCAUAGACUGGAAAAUACCAGUCCAGGUUAAGGGGUUUGUAACAAAAAUGGAGGAAUGUAUGGGUGCCUGUAACUGUAUCAUAACAAAGGCAGGUCCAGGAACCAUAGCUGAAGCUAUGAUAAGAGGGCUACCGAUAAUCUUAAACGGUUACAUCGCUGGUCAAGAGGCUGGGAAUGUACCGUACGUGGUGGAGAAUGGAUGUGGAAAAUUCUCAAAAUCACCAAAAGAGAUAUCGAAGAUUGUAGCGGAUUGGUUUGGACCGGGAUCGGAACAGUUGGAGAUAAUGUCACAGAAUGCACUGAGGCUAGCUAGACCAGAAGCAGUGUUCAAGAUAGUGCAAGACAUGCACGAGCUUGUCAGGCAGAGAAACUAUCUUCCUCAGCACUCUUGCACUGCCUAGUAGAUGUUGUUGUAGUAGUAGUAACUUGUAACUCUUAUUCAUUCAAUCAAAACCUACUUUCCUUUGGUUCUAGACAAAGAAUGUAACAACUAGAUUUUUACCCGCACGCCCGUGCGGGUAUAUAUUUCAAAAAUAUAUUGCUAUUUAUUUUU